AGGGAAAGAAGAAGAGAAUUUUCGAAAUCUGGAUUUCUCGUUUAGCAAGAUGGUCAUUGUUUAUUUGUUGAUGCACCGUGUUCCGAUGCUUCUCAUCGCAGUUGCUGCACUGCUCAUUGUAACUCCGGUCAUUGGUUACCGUCCACGGCCGGAAUUGAAACCCAAGAGGUCCCAGAAUUUGGUGAGCUCAUCAAAGUUGGACGACAUAAGAUAUCACAUGGGACCUGUCCUCACCGCCGAUAUCACCAUCCACCCGAUCUGGUACGGUGCGUGGCAGAAUUCCCAAAAGAAUAUCAUCCGCGAGUUUAUCUACUCAAUCUCCGCCGUUCACUCCAAGCAUCCUUCGGUUGCCGAGUGGUGGGAGACCGUACAGCUUUACACUGACAAAACGGGCGCGAACGUUUCCCGUAAGGUUCUCUUAGCGGAGGAAAAUGAUAGUUUUUACUCCCACGGGAAGUCCCUCACGCGCUCGUCGAUGCAGUACGUGAUAAGAAGCGCCGUAACAGCCGGCGCGAAACCGUUGCUGAUUACCAAGAGCGGGUUGUACCUCUUGCUCACAUCCCCUGACGUGCACGUCCAGGAUUUUUGCAACCAUAUUUGUGGGUUCCACAAUUUGACGUGGAAAUCAAUCGUUGGGUACACGCUCCUAUACGCAUGGGUGGGUAACUCUGGCAAGCUUUUCCCGCAAACAUGCGCUUUCCCUUUCGCCGUGCCAGAAUACAUGGCGGGGUUCAAGGCGUUAAAGCCACCCAACGGUGACGUGGGAGUGGACGGAAUGAUAAGCUUUAUCGGACACGAGGUGGCCGAGCUGGCCACCGACCCCGUUGGAAACGCUUGGUACUCAGGGCAAGAGCCAUCGCUCCCACUCGAAUCUGCGGAUAUAUGCGAGGGCAUUUAUGGAACUGGAGAUGAUGUGCCUUACACGGGACAUGUAUUGAAGGGUAAAGAUGGCGCCACGUAUAACAUGAAUGGGAUCAAACGGAGGUACUUGGUUCAGUGGGCCUGGAACUAUGUCGUGAGUGCCUGUACUGGGCCCAAUGCUCUUGAUCAGUAGUAAUUUUUAUUUU